AAUGAAAAUAAUUUAUAUUAUAAUCAUGUACACUGUUCACACAGUAUGAUAAAAUUUAUCGUAAAGAAGCAGUGCAUUUCUAGGCUAAAAUAUAAUAUUUCUUCGUAAAAGGGAAUAAGUGUAACUUUCGUUUCUUGAGUUAGAAUGUACAUUGCACUGAGAUGGCUUGUUAUAUUUUCGGUUGUUAUGUGGGCAAUACUUUGUUGUAUUGAUACGUUUGUUUUUAAUGUAAAACAAAUUAAAAGUAACGAUACCGUAACCAAUGCACACCCAGUGUUCAUCUAUAAAAACUUGACAGUUGCACCAAAAAGUUCACCUUACAAUCAAUCAUACAAAAGUAGCCGAAAUGGGAUGACAAUUGUGCACUACGUUGCAUUCAUCGCGGGGGCACUGGCCGUCACCAUUUACAACCGAAAGUCUGACAUCGUCAUUUACACCAGGAAUCAAAUACUGAAAAUAAACACAAAAGAACUUAAAAGAAAUUUGCAAUUAAUAGCCGAUAAUGUGAGAGACAUCGCUUUUAAAAUAAUUGUUACAUGUUGGAAGAUGUCUAAACAGUUUGUCACGAAAUAUUUGAUGAAGGGCCGCAAUGGAAAUAAUUUUCCACUGGACGGCCAUCUCUUAAACGGUUUGUUGCUCAAAAAACUUCGCGAAGUCGGUGAAGAGCGAAAUAAUUUGGCCAGGCUCCUAUGUGCUGCAGUCCAAGAAAAUAAAAAUGUUAGAUUGCAGCAUCAACUACAGACGAUGGCAAAAAAUAGACUCUCAGGUCAAAUCGAAGUCUCCCAGAAGCAAAUUAAAGAAUAUCGAACAAGAUGCAUGCACUUACAACAGCUGUAUCAUGUAACUCAUCAAGAAAAUUUGUUUUUGAAAGUUCGAAUGCAGAAACUUAUACAAGACAAGCAAGACACUGAAAGAGACUUCAUGAUGUUGUUUACUCAGGCAUAUAAGUCAAAUGAUAGAACAUUGAAAUCUUACUGCAACCGAUUUAUCGUGCUGAAUAAAAAUAACCUCCUGAGUUCUGAAUUGAGCAAACAAAUAUUAAGAUUUGUACAGAAAUCUCGGUAUUCUCCGAGUUCGCCUUCGACCUGGCAAGCGACAAGAAGACACAAUAUUAAUCUAGAGGACUUGAAAAAACUACCUGUGAUUGAGGAAGUUCACGCAGAGGCUAAAGAUCAAAAUAUUUCGCUCAUAGAACAAGGACCGAAACCAAAGCUCAGAGGUCUACCUGGUGAAUACGUUUGGACUGUGAAGGAUAAACAUGGUAUAAUAGAGAAAUUGUACGAGUAUGAUUACGAACGGGACUUCGACAAUGGUGAUGCAAUCAGAAGGAUAAGAGAGUACACAGUGUAUCAAGACAAAGAGUGUCUCUUGGAUUUUCAGAAUUCCAGAUCCACAACUAUAAUACACGAAACGUACAUCAAUGAAAACGAGACAUUGCAAAAAAAAUCCUCUUUGGACUAUUUAGCAAAUCGCAAAUUUUUAACUGGCUCCGAAAUAUUUCAACGCUUCUUGGAAACGAAUAAAAAUGAUGUCAUUUCUCCGGCACCUGCGCCUCCUAUGUUAUGUGCAUGAAGUUAUAGAAAUUUUGUAUUUGCCAGUAUCGCGGCGUAUUUUUCAGUAUGGUAUCAAUUUAUGGCAGAUCUAAUACAUAAUAUCUUUUAAAAGAUACGCAUCCGGGGUACCUGCUGUAUACCUUUACGUGCUUAUCCAGAAAAAUCUAUAUACCUAUACAUAUUUGGAAAAAUAAGCCUGAGAAUGUGUUUACAAUGUUCACUUAUGUAUAUUUUGUACCUUUUGUGUACUUGAAGAAACAUGUAUUAGAGAAAGUAAAUUCAGUGGCCGUUUCCUGAGCUUUUCGGAAAAAGCUUUAAAAAUUGUAGAAACACUAUUUUUUUUUUAUUUUUUUAGCAAAGGUGUUAAUUUUCAGGAUAGGUAUGUGAAAUGUAUUCUUCUCGGGUGUAC